AUGCUAUUGGGAUUAAAUAUAUUUAAUCGAAUCAACUCUAUUAAGUAUCAAUUUCAAGUAUUAUCUGAAUUACAAAAAAACAAUAUCAACCAAUAUGAUCCAAGUGAUUCACCUUUUAUAUUUAUUGGAGGACAUCAAAGUACAGGUAAACUAGAUUUUCCAAUAACAUUAAAUAAUAAAAGUACUGGAUUAAUGCGCAUUCUUAUGGACAUUCAUCCAUUAGUUCGUUGUGGACCUGAACCAGUCGUGACUAGGGAGCUAUUAAGGUAUAGAAGACAUUUGGAGACCAUGAGUGAUCUAUUGUCACAGUCUGGGAUUACUGAAAAUUUGUUGGAUGAUGCCAGUGCAGCAUUUAUUGCAACAAUUAUUCAAGAAAUGGGCCCUCAAGCUCCAAGACUUUGUCACAAGGAUCCCUCAUCAUUUAUAUAUCUCGAGGAACUGGCUGAUAUAUUUCCGAAAGCAAAAUUUAUUCAUAUGCUUAGGGACGGAAGAGCUGCUAUUGCGUCUACAAUACAAAACAUCAAUUCUAAUUAUACAUCUGAAAAUAUCACAGAAGCAAUUUUAACUUGGGAUGAAUUAACAACACAAAUAUUAGAGGAUUGUGAAUACAUUGGUAGUGAAAAAUGUUUAACUAUACGUUAUGAAUGUUUAGUAUUGAAUCCACUUAGGGAAAUCCAGAAAGUCCUCCACUUUCUCGAAUUGCCAUGGGAUGAAAAACUACUUAAAUAUGGAACUGAAUUCAGUCGAACAGAUCAGUUAAUUCACAACAGUUCUCUAGAUGCGUGGUCAGAGGCAAAUUCACUUCUAUCGGAAGAAUAUAUCAAGUUCAUGAAUGAAAAUAGCUUAGCACUAAAACAGUUGAAUUAUCUUACAGAUAAAAUCCCACCGAAUUAUGCUACAAUCUGCAACAUCUAA